AUGCCUCUCUUCAGCCGCAAGGAAGAAGUUGUCGAGCCGGAACCCGUCGUGCACGAGGAGCCCAAGCGAAGCCACGGCUUGUUCGGCAGCCGGCGCGAGCGGUCUCCCUCACCCACAUCGACGGUCGCGACCUCGACGACGAGUAACUCGCACCACACAUCAGGUACGAAGUCCUCUUACCACACCACGCGCACGCACCAUAAUGGGGCGGGCAGCGUUGGCGGCGGCGGCGGCGGCGGCGGCAUCUUUCGCAGGUCGACUGACGCGAGCUCCGUGGCUUCCACGACUACAGGCCGGAGAUCCCUACUGUCCCGUUCCUUUGGACACGGCAAUAAUGUCGAAAUGGACCCGUCCAUUGUCGCGGCGCGCGAGCAUGUCCUCAAUGCCGAGACGGCCGAGCGCGAAGCCGAUCGCGCCCUCGAGGCCGCCCGCCUCCGUGUCCGUGAGGCCCGCAACGAGGUCAAGCGCCUUGAACUCGAGGCUGCUGAGGAGGCCAAGCGCGCCAAGAUUAAGCAAUACCACGCCCGCGAGGUCUCGAAGCGCGGAAAGCAACUUGGACGUCACGACUUGUAA